AUGGCAGCCGCAGCUCUCAAAAAGCCCGCGGCGCGCGUUAUAAUCACUUGUAGUCAAAAAGAAUCGAUUGCGCUGGUAAUCGUAGUACUAAUCAUCAACCUGCUUUUAUCGGUCCCGGCGUCAGCAGACCAUCCGUCAUGGUCUCUGUCAACUGACGGCCGUCGAGUUCCGUCUGACGCAGCCAGCGCCCGAGGGACGGAGUUACCGGCCGCCGUUAGUGAAAGCAGUCGAGCUGAUUUAGUUACUGAUAGCGAUUGGGCGCCGACCAGAAGCUUCACUUUCCAGCCGUUGAGCAGUAGUAGUCCGUCAGGUAGUUACCGACCGUCGACUGGUGGUUACCGGCCGUCAACUGGUGGUUACCGGCCGUCAACUGGUGGUUACCGGCCGUCAACUAGUGCUGGCAGAAGACUGCCGGUAACUCGCGACCCGCUCUUGGAGUUGAUUCUGCCGUGCGAGGAAUGGGAGGGGUGUGACUGGAACGAUGUGACUGAAACGGGGGAGAAGUUAGGGUUGGAGGACUGGAGAGGGCUGGGGAAUACACUGUCAGAAACGGAUCGAGACGACGGGCAUCAAGAGGGAUUAAGGCUCCGAGAGACGGACGGCGGAGAUGAACCCGAGAGAUCAGGGCUGGGUCAAAUGGGUCAUCUGCGGAAUGGUGAUGGUGAGGGUGUUGAGUUGAGUACGGGGAAAGAGAGAGGUUUGGAGAGUGGGGAGGAUUUGGAGAGCAAGGAGGAGAGUGAGGAGCUUGAAAUGAGUGGUGAUGCGGGGGAAGAGAACGCGGAGAAAGAUGAGGAGGCGGAGGAAGAAGGAGAAGAAGAUGAGGCUGGGGAAGAGGACGAGGAAGAUACUAUCGAGUCUGUCUUUAAAGAGAUUCAUGCGUGGGAGGGAGAAGGGAGUUCUGAACGGGACGGAGAGAGGCACAUUGAGGGUGAGAGGCACAGGGCGAGAGAGAGCAGGGGCGGGGUUUUUGAGAAUUCUCAAAAACCAGGGAGUGCUGAAAGGGACGGAGAGAGGGAUAUUGAGGGUGAUAGGUACAGGGCGAGAGAGAGCACGGGCAAGGGGGAGAGCGGGAGCAGAGAGGAGAGGAGUCGCAGGUGGAAAGAGGCGAUCAGCGAAAUGAGAGGCGAGUGGGACGUGAAGGAAGCGAGGGGAGUGAGGGGAGAGAGGAGAGGAGUGAGUGGAGUUCCCAAGGGGGUGAGAAGAGGUGGGAGGACGGGGAGACGACGGCUGGUGGACGGAUGGAUGGCAGGGCUGCCGGAGAAUACCGAGAGAACAGCGAUUGAGAAGACAAGCAGGAGAGGUAGAACGAGAAGGAGGAGGAGGCUGGUGGAUGGGUGGGUGGCUGGACCGCAAGAGAAGGGAGAGUCAGCGUUUCGGUGGCGGAACGAGGUGGGAGAUGACGAGGAGAUGCUGACUCAGCACCACGACAGCUACCAAUGGCAGUGGCCCGUGGCACGGUUGGGCGACAGCUGGCGCGGCAUGUUCAUGCGGGAAGCCCGAUAUGACAUUGCGAACACCCCUUCAUGCAAGGGCAUUCUCCCCCCGCCAGCCUACACCAACCUGCCCAUCCUCGGCCGCGACGCCAACGAGACAGAGCUGAAAAUCCUCGGCAACGUGCGGCGCCACCAGGAGAAGCGCGAGGCGAUCCCAAUGGACCUGCUGGUGUCGUGGGCGGGGGUGGGAAAGGAGACGCGCGAUCCCAUCAUGGAGGGCCUUCUGGAGAGCAUACCGCAGGAGCGCUGGCUCAUCUGGGCGCCGCGCUUUGGGCUGGGGAACUCGCUGAGAGGGUACACUUCGGCGUUCAUCUUUGCUUUGCUGUCGGGACGGAGGCUGCUGAGGUGGCACGGGGGGGCCCACAGGAUGGUCCUGGAGCGUCUGUGCGAUGCGUUCUACUGUGGGCUAGACGAGUUGCACUAUAGAGGGGACAUGCGCAAACACACAAAGCUGAUGGAGGGACGAGAGCUUGUGAUUCACGGGCUCAACUACUACUCCCCUGUCAUGGCUGUCAACUCGGGUACGUCCUUUCAUUAUUGA